AUGGCCUCUAUAGAUUUUGAUGUAAAUGUUGCCCGCACUUUUUUCCCUGCUCUGCAGCAGGAACAGGUUUACAUGGAUAAUGCAGGUGGAAGUCAAGUCCUAGCCAGUGUGGCUGACUCUAUACAUUCAUACCUGCUCAACAGGAAUGUCCAGCUCGGGGCUACAUACAAGGUCUCCAAAGAGUCAACAGCAGCAUACACAGAAGGCUACAAGUCUGCGGCCAGCUUCAUUAAUGCCCAGCCAGAAGAGAUCAGUAUCGGCAUCUCGACAACUCAGCUGCUGCACAAUCUCUCGGUCGCUCUAAAAUUUCAAGCUGGCGAUGAGUUGAUCGUGUCUAAACUCAACCACGAGGCCAAUAGCGCGCCCUGGGUGCAGGUUGCCGAGCGUAUGGGUUUGACUAUAAAGUGGUGGUCUGCCACUGAUCCUCUGAAUCCUACAUGCGAGGUAGCUGAGUUGCAGUCUUUACUGUCGGACAAAACGAGACUGGUCUCAUGCCCCCAUGCGUCCAAUAUUACUGGAACCAUCAGCCCGAUCCGGCAGAUUGCCGACGCUGUUCACGCCUUUCCUCGCGCAAUGCUAUGCGUUGAUGGGGUCGCAUUGGCUCCUCAUCGACAGGUGGAUGUAAAGGCACUCGAUGUGGAUUUCUACUCCUUUUCUUGGUAUAAGGUAUAUGGUCCACACGUGGCCCAGUUGUAUGCUGCAUCGCGCAUUCAAGACGAUAUCCAAUCGCUGGGUCACUUUUUCAAGCCCACCCACACUCUAGAUCUCAAGCUCAACCUGGCCUCUGCUAGCUAUGAGAUGACUCAAAGUAUCCCCAAGGUCGUGGAAUACUUUGGGCCUGACCCCAGUGCCAGGUGGGCAGCCAUGGCGAAUCAUGAGGAAAGACUCCAGCAAAUCCUCCUCUCCUUUCUGGCAGGGGAUGAGCGGAUCAGAAUCAUUGGAGAACCUUCGGCGGCUCAAGCCCUCCGUGUACCUGUGAUUAGUUUCAUAGUGCGGGGAUUUGGUAGUCAGAAGCUGGUGGAAAUGGUGGAGUUCCGAUCUGCCUAUGGAUUUCGGAGUGGGCAUAUGUAUAGCCACCGGCUGUUGGCUGAUGUGUGUGGCUUACAGGAUUUGGAGGAUGGGGUGGUGCGGGUGAGCUUGUUGCACUACAACACAGAGGGGGAAGUGCAGGGGUUGGUGGUGGUGUUACGUGAGGUUCUGGCCGAGAUCGGGCAG